UAUUAUACAACCACAACUCUCAUCGUUCCAGCGUUCGCGUUCAGAAACGCCGUCCUCGCGUUCACGUUACAAGAUGCGUUUCAUCAACUCCCCACCGUCUACGAUAUUCACGGGAGCCAAGAUCGAAGCCAAGAACCGUUCUCCUAUAACGCUCGAGCUCGUGGAUGUAGCCACGAACUCACGAGUCGUGUCCGGACCGUUCUCGUCUUCUCGUGUCGAAAUCGUGCCGCUGGACGCUGACUUCACGGAGGAAAGCUGGAGCGUUGACGUGUUCAAAGGGUAUAUUGUAACGCAACGCAAAGGGAAACGUCCGUUACUAACCGGAGAUUUAACGGUGACGCUUAAAGACGGUGUUGGAGUGAUUAAUGGAGUUGUUACUUUCUCGGAUAAUUCGAGUUGGACUAGGAGUAAGAAGUUCCGGUUAGGUGCUAGACUAACCGGUGGUGGAGCCGUGGAGGGGAGAAGUGAUGCCUUUAAAGUUAAAGACCAACGUGGAGAAUCUUAUAAAAAACAUCAUCCUCCGUACCCCGGUGACGAGGUUUGGAGACUAGAGAGAAUAGCGAAAGUUGGCGUUUCGACGAAGCGUUUGGCAGAACAUAAUAUUAUUACCGUCAAGGAUUUUCUCCGUUGGAAUACGGUAGAUUCAGAUGCGCUAUACAACCUACUUGGUGGAGAGCAUAUUCUUGUUGGAGGGAUCUCAAAGAAAACAUUUGAAGCAAUUGUAUCCCAUGCUAAGCAAUGCGUUUUGGACGAGGCAGAGUGUUACAUCUACAACGCAACAACCGCUCUUGGCGUGUCGCUUAUUUUCAAUUCUGUCUAUGAAGUAAUCAAAGUGUGUUUCAGUGAUGGCACGUUUCGAAACCCCGACCAGCUACCCACAUAUCAGCUUUAUGAGUUGAAGCGUGAAGCGUAUCAAAACAUUAUCCAGUUUAGGUCUUUUCUGGAACAUCCACAACGUUCCUUGCAAUGCACGCAAAAUCCUGGAUUUGAAAUUGCCUAUCCUGGAUUGCAGCACAACAACUUUCAAGCUUCAAACUCCACUCUCCAACCAGAGAUGCUGAUGAAUUUUGAAAACUCAUCACGAGCCACGACGUCGUAUCACAUUGAUGGAAAAUUCUUGCAAAGAAACAGCUUCAGGGCUAGUGAACACGAUCAGGUGCACAGCGAUUGUAUCAAAAAUUACGAGAACACUUCUGCUUGUCAUCAACAUCAUGACUUUCCCUUGAACUGGUCGCCUGGUGCAGCGGAUUGGGAGCAACAAAUGAACAACAGUUUUUGUGUUAGCGUGUCUGGCACGGAAGAAGCUGGAACGUAUGAUGUUCAUAUCGCAAACAUUAAUGUGGGUUCACCAAGAGCCAGGUGGUGUAAGGUUAAGGCAGCUUUUAAGAUCCGAGAAGUCUGGAAACUCACGACUGCUAGAAAAAGAUCAGGGAAGGCUUGUAAGAAACCUUGUCUACCGUAUUAGAUACAGAGGUUUUCGAUUCUUAUACGGUGCAUGAAAAAUGUAUAUAUUGUGUAUGUGUGUGAAAAUUUAUUCUUUCUUUUUUUGAUAGAAUAGUGUUAGUUAAAUUGAUCCCGGCCAUUGACUGUUUUCAAUGGUUUAAUAAGUACUGGGGAUUAGUCUUUGUGUAUAUACCUUGUUUGAUAUGUAACUCUCUACGAAAAAUAUAGAGUAUAUAUAACAAAAAUCAGUUUACAAGUUUUAUAUUUCAAGUAUUUGUUUAGCCC